UAAAACAUGAGAAAAAACUUGACUGUCUAAGAGGCUGAAAGAAAACGAUCUAAGACGGGGACAAGGAGAGACAGUCCUGGACAGUCCCGCAAAGGAGCCAUUUAUUUCUUUGUAUUUUCUUUUAGUUUGAGCAGGAGUCAGAGGGAACAGAGCGGAGAUUACAAGAGUGGGGAUGCCGAAUAGGAGCGAGAACGCGCGGCGGGAGCACCAGACAUGAGUCGGAGGUGGUGGACUGAGGACAAUGCUGGAUGCCAUGGAAGUUCCAAGUCAUGCUAGGGAUCUCCUCCUGCAGCUUAACAGCCAGCGCACCAAAGGCUUUCUGUGUGAUGUCAUUAUUGUGGUGCAGAAUGCCCUCUUCAGAGCUCACAAGAACAUUCUGGCUGCCAGCAGCCACUACUUGAAGUCCUUGGUGGUCCAUGACAAUCUCAUCAACCUUGACCACGAGAUGGUGAGUCCAGCGGUCUUUAGGGUCAUCCUGGACUACAUCUACACAGGGCGUCUUAGUGAAGGAGAUCCCACCUCUCCCACUGAACCGAACCUAGGUGCUGUCCUGGCAGCAGCCAGCUACCUGCAGCUGCUCGACUUGGUGGCUUUGUGUAAAAAGAAGCUGAGAAGAAAUGGAAAGUACCCUCCUCGGCCAGGUCCUGCAUUUUUACCGUACCCAAAAAUGGGGCCAAACAGCAUGAAUUUAGGAGUUGGCGGCAGGUAUAGGGUUUCUACCCCAGUGAUUCAAUCCUGUCCUCCAGGGGGACUUCUUAAUACACCCAGGGCACCAUCAAUUGAGGAGCUGGUUCCCCAUCGAAUAGCCAUUCAUAGUGGUGAAUUAUAUGCUCCCACUGCCCACCAGACCUCUCAAGUGUUCCCACCUCUGCCUGCUCAGCUGGGACGCCCUGCCCACCCUGAGAGGAAUUGCUCUCCUAGCUUUGGUCUUGAUCUUUCUAAAAAAAGCCCCACCUCCCAGUCUCAGCUCCCGCCAUCCCAACCCCAUCUGGCCAACAGUCACAGCAACGAGGAGCGGGAAGGGACUCUGAGUGGGGACACUAGUCCCAUCUCAGGGACAAAUGGCAGAGCAUUUGCAUCAGAAAAAAUGGAGUCUGCUGACCAGGCAGGUUCCCUCACACCUCCAUCUUUCCCCCAUCUCAAUCAGCCUUUAGCCCCCCACCUCCCUCAUCUGCAUCGCUCAGGUUCCCAAGGGACAGACCGCUUCACAUGCCCAACCAGCCCUGAAACACUGACAGAAGGUGGAGAGGCAGGAAGAGAAAUGGGAAACAUCUACCGCUGGGUGAAACAUGAGCCACUGCCAUACACUGGUGAAGAUGAAGAUGAGGAUGAGGACGAAGAGGAAGGGGGUGAAAAUGGAGAGCAGCAUCACAACCACCACAAGCCAGGGGAGGAGAGCGAAGGAGGAGAUGACAAGAGUGGUUCUGGCACAGAGGAAACGGGGAGCAGCGAAGGCCGUCCAUCCCCAACUGGACCGAUUGGAAGAUUCCACAUGCCAUAUGAGCCAGAAAGCUUCGGGGACAAUUUGUACGUUUGCAUUCCCUGUGAUAAAGGCUUUCCAAGUUCAGAACAGCUCAAUGCACACGUGGAGACACACACAGAAGAGGAGCUGUAUGGCAACUCUGGUGGGGAGAUGGGAAACAGUAACAGUGGCACCAAAGGCAUAGGCAGUAACACAAAUGGCUAUGGAAGCCUCAACAGCAGCAACUCUCUUAAUAGUAUGUCACAUCUGGAGACCAAAUCUGACCAGGCGCUAAAUUCAGGAACCAUUGGGGAAAUGAUUAGACCAUAUCGCUGUUCCAACUGCGACAAGUCUUACAAAGAUCCAGCCACCUUGCGCCAACAUGAGAAGACCCACUGGCUAACAAGGCCUUACCCCUGCAGUAUCUGUGGCAAGAAGUUCACACAGCGUGGCACCAUGACCCGCCACAUGCGCAGCCACCUGGGCCUCAAGCCUUUUGCUUGCGAUUCUUGUGGGAUGCGCUUCACUCGCCAGUACCGCCUCACUGAGCACAUGCGUAUCCACUCUGGGGAAAAGCCCUAUGAAUGUCAGGUGUGUGGGGGGAAGUUUGCCCAGCAGCGUAACCUCAUCAGCCACAUGAAGAUGCACAGUGGGGGAACCACAGGGGGCCUGACUGCAGAUGGGAAACUGAAGCUGGACUUUGCAGAGGGCAUAUAUCCUCUGAGCAAAUAUGCAGCAGAGCACCUUGGGUUGAAGCAGGAGAAGGCCAACGAACUUCUCAUUCAAGCACAGCAGCAAUUGGUGGCAGAUGCCAAGGCCAUAGAAAGCCUCUACCCACUCACCAAACUUGCAUCAGAGCAUCUGGGCCUUACCCAUGAAAAGAUGGACAUUGUAGGCCAACCACUGCCUCCUCCACCACAGCCAAUCUCUGACAGCCGACCCAUUGACCACUACUCACCCAGCUAAUAAUUUUGGCAUGUGUAGUGGAAAUCACAGACAGGCCUGCGUGCACUCACAGUUUGCAGUAUUCAAAAGCCAUACACCUCAACUUCAUUACUUCCUCUGCACCUCAGACUCAGGCCAAGUGGAACUAGUUGGCUUAUGCACACCAAACUGUGUAGACUGUAAGUGCCUUUCUCUACAUCUAAUGUAUGCUUUAAGUCCUUCAUAAAGGAGCUCUUCUUUUUGUGACCAAGGGACGCUCAUUUAAAGAACUUCAGUAUUUAUGUACAGUCUAUGCAAAUAUUUUUUUUUUUCUAUUUCAACCAUUGAGCCAUAGUGACUAAGUCAAAACCAAAAGGAUUUUUUAAUUUAUUUUUGUAUAUGAUGAAAUCCAAAGAAAGCAUUGCAAAGACACUUUGCAGUCUUACCCUAAACCUGUGUACUAAUAAUCUAUGUAUAUAAAAAAACAACAAAGAAAAAGCACAUAAAGAACAAGAUUCAGGGUUGUUUAGACCUUAGCAGAACUUUACCCAGAUUUAAAAAAGAAACUCAACUGUAUUUUUGUACAAUCUUGGGGUACGGGAUGCUUUGUGUGUCUUGAUUCUUGCUUGCUCUUCCCCUUUAUGUGAAAUAGCUAAAACAUAAUGCCUUGUUUUUUGGCUUUUUGCCCCAUGCCCCUGUUUGUUUAUGUGACAGCACUGGUGGCUUAAUCAGCUUUUACACCCGGCUUUCAACCACUCUUGAGCUAAAACAUCCUCUGCAGUGUGACAAAUGUCCUUAGCUUUCAGCUGUUUGGGAGAUGGAGUGAGCAAAGCCCUGUGAUCUCAUAAGUGGGACACGAUUGCACAUAUCCAGCUGAUGACACACUAAUCCCUAUGACAAGUGAAGCUCCUACUCAUGGGUGUUGGUUUGUGCUUUAGUAAAAACAGAGAGGCGAAGACUGGAGGUGAAUGAAUCACAAUGACCUCUGUCUUUUACUGACAGAACUUGUUUUUAUGUUGAUAACAGGGUGAUGAUUGAGAGUGGAGGAGGUAGUGGUCAGAGGCUUUGUUGUGGACACUUCUUUACUCUAGGCAUUAGCCAGUUACCAGUAUCAAAAGUUAAUAAAGGUUUACACAAGGUUUUACUCAUAUAAUUGCAUCAGUUUAAUUACCCCUCUCAUUCCUUACUUGUAUAAUGCUCAGGGACCCAGAGUGAGAGUCUGUGGGAUUUGAACCAGGGCAUUUGUAACCUUCCCAGGUCACAAGUACUAUACUUUAACAGCUUGACCACCACUCAAGGUUUAUUAUAUUAUUUUGAUGAUAUUGACAUGUUUCUUCUAGUAAUAUACAAUCUAGGAGAUUAUUUGAUACAUCACAGUUUUGUUAAUCUGUUGUAUUUGUACUCACUAUAUAUCAUGAAAAUUCCAAUACUGGCUCAUGGCCAUCUUUGUUGUUUAAAUGUCCCAUAGUUAUGCAUUGGCCCCUUGCCUUAAAAUCACUCACGAACCUAGACGGAUGUUCCCUUCGAGUACAGCAGGCUGCUAAUCUGUCAGCAACACCAUCAGAAGAAAGCAGUCUACUGUGACUGUUCCCUGAAAGCCGUUUGGUGAAACAGCACUCCCCAGCUGCUGUACUCCAGUAAAUCCCUGUGAAAUCCCACUUUCUCCUGGACAAUUCACACUUGCUUGCCGGCGUGAUGUCCCAUUUCACGCCUGCCAUCUCACUCCUGUGAUCCACUAUUAAAUGUUACAUCCAAGCAGAGGAAGUGUCUCCUGGCCUCACCUCUCUGCUAUGCUCAAACCAAAGUUUGAGAUAUAUGACAUUUAUAUCCUGACAUAGAAUUCUUCCAACUUGAAAACAAAAAAAGCACUUAAAGAUUGUGGUUUGAAGGCACAUUUUUUUUUGUUUGCAAGUCUUUCUACCAAAGAGCAUGUUGGCUUUUUUUUUUUUUUUUUUUUUGGGUUAUACACCUUAAUUUUGAUUAGAACAUUUUACCACUAUAGUGCCAACAUCAACCUCUGGAGGUGAAUGUGAAGACUAAAGCCAUAUAUACACUGUGACAGACUUAGUUAUCCUGAAAGCCUUAAAGAAAAAACAAAACAAAACAAGAAAACAACAUAAAAACUGUGCCUCACUUGUGAAUAUGCUUUUAUAAUGUAACAAUACUUUAAGGGCUUCUCUUCCAGUAGCAUUUGAUCAUAUCAAACAUGUUUUAUGUUGUGACUUUCUGUUCUUUUAAAAUUGUGACACACGUAAAUAAAAUCAGCCAAAAAAACAAAACAACUGGUGCUUACCUCAGGACUGAACCCAGCUAAGCUUCUGUAAACCUUAGCUCUAAAAUAUCAAUCUUUAACACAAAUACACUUUUUUUUUUAUUUUGCUAAGGGGUACCAUUCCCUGCCUUAAACCUGUGUUUUUUCUUGUGUUUAAACAUUACUUUUUUAUAGUUUUAUGGUGAAGAGAUCAAAUAGAUAAUGUUUUUGCUUUCCAUAUAUAGUUCCUGUUAUGUCAUCCUCGAAGAGUUCUUUGUUUGAUGUUUUCAUUUCUACACCAUUAGAGGCUGUAAAUGUUUGUGGUUUUUAAUACCUGGGUAUACACUUUUUUUUUCAACCUCAUGUAUGCUGAUAUCUAGGCGACAAGUGCUAUGUUUUGGAAAUAUCUCCCCUACCCAUAAGAUGUGAUGCCUCAUCAGCACUUCCUUAAACAGACUGGCAGUAUCUCGGAACCAAACCUCUUGUUGCUCGGCCCUUUUGUCACCUGAAGAUGGUGAACUUUUGACACGAGCCAGACAGAAGUUGUACGUGCUCAGAAAUAUGCAGGAAGUCUGCUUUUUUUGUUGUUGGUUAGUGCUUAAAAGAAACCUGUGAGCAAAAAGUAUAAAACAACUGCUAAAAGGGCAAUUUUUGUUCUAAAGAACAUGAUCUAUUUGUUGUAAAAUGGAGGAACAAGCAGAUGUGAGUCGUGGGAAUUUGAGUCUCCUUGCACUCUCUCAUUCACUAGCUUAAGUAAAAAUCUAAUUUCUUGCCAGCACACCAGAAUAACAAACGUUUCCACUUAAAAUCUGUGCUGAGGGGAAAUAGAAAGAUAAUGCCGGAACCAUUUUUUUCUAAGCAUGUACCAUUUGUAAUUGACUUUACUGCAUUGAUGCUUUCUACAGUGGGCAAGGCCGAGCAUCUAUAGGAAAGGGAAAUAUUUACUUGUCUGUUUGUCUGUCACCCUGCUAUCUGAGUGUAAAAUGGGCUGUUUAAUGGAUGUCCUGGGAAUAGGGUUGGUGUGAGGGAGAAGAGCCGAGGAGCAGGAAGUGAACUUUUGGCUGGUGAGCCACACUAAGCAGGAUGUGCCGCGUGUUUCUGCUCACAAGCAGAUACUGUAAGGGAGAGUAGCAGGGAGAGCGCAGCAGGGUGGACUCGAGCCAUUGUCUCCGUAUGAAAGCCUUCUCGUACUUCUAAAGUCCUGAAUUUAAAAAAAAGAAUGGACUGUAUCUCUUCUGUUCCUUCCUUUUUUUACUCUUUGGGAAUAAACCUCUGCUUAGUGUCACAGUGAUUGUGGGCUUUAGGAGCUGUACAGUGACCCUGACUUGUGCGUUCAUUUUUUUUAAGAGAUGCUGAUCAUAUCUGAAUUUGUCCUCUACUUAUUUAACAGAAAGAUUCAGCUUCAGUUGUUUUGCAACCACAAACUUCAAUAUAUUUAAUUGGGAUUUAAAGUGAUAAAUCCCGAGAGUAGUGCAUAAUUAUGAAGUGGAAUGAAGAGUUUUUUUAGUUUUUUUUGUUUUUUUUUAACAGUCUGAAAAGUGUGGCAUGUAUUUUUUUUCUGUCCCCUUGAGUUGAUGAUGUAGUUUUCUUCUAUUUUCAUUUUCUUAGCAAAUUAUUUAUUGCUCACUCAAAAUGGAUAGUAUCUGUGUCAAUGUUUUUUUUUUUUUUUUUUUUUCCAGGUAUCACCACAGAAUCUCAACUAGGUUUUUAUUUUGAAAGGGGCCUUUCAGCGAUUGAAUUUGUUAUGUUCCACCACCUAACUGCAGCUUGGGCUGCUUGUUCAGUCCAUUUUGUCUCGCAUGGCAGAAUUGUCAUAUCUUUAGUCUCAUGCCCCAUGCUUGAUGCUUACACGACCAGUUUCCCUAUAGGUGUGAUUUAAAUUUUUAGGUUUUUGGAUUAUAAAUCUAAAAGUGACAGGUCGUUGAGGUGUAAUUUAGAGUUAUCCUUCCAUAAAACUUUUUUUUGUAAAAAUUUAUAUAGAUUAUGCAAGAUUUUCAUUCCAUGUUUCAGUUAUGCAAUACUUUGAUUUGUCUAUCAAGUAUUAUCUCAAUCUAAUACAUACAAUGCUGUGGUUGUAACAUGACAAAAUAGAAACCGGUUUAAAGGGUGUGAAUAGUUAUGCGUGGGCCUGUAAAUUAUUCCAACAUGCUCCGAAAGUAAAAUGGAAAUCAGCAAUAAAAAUGUAGGCAUUUUUUUUCUUUCUCUGUGCCUUUCUAAUUUAGUCAGUCAAAUUAAAAGAAGCGUUGCUUCAAUUUACUGAUGUAGCCCCAAGGGAUUUUAUGCCAUAUGCCUUUGCUAGUGAUAUUUAGAUGACACACCAACUGAAAACAUAUCUCAGGGCCACCACAAAGGUUAAAACCAAGAUCAUUUGAAAUGAAUUCGAUAGGUGCUUAAAAAUGAUUUGUACUCAUAUAAAAUAAUAUAUUAAUAUUUUUCCAUCAUGCCAGCCCUCUAACUUAACAUUUACCGGUAUGUAUAAAAUAUAUGUUGUUCUACUCGCUAAGUAGAAGAACACUAGGGAAGUGAAGAGUUUAUUUGACCUGCACUCAAACCUCUGUUUAACUUUUAUUAGAUUUUACAGUUUUGCCAAAAUGAAGUAUUUACUAAGCAUGAUUGAUAUAAAAGCAAAGCUACAAUACAAUUUGUGAGUUUCACAAGUCAGUCUGUUAAACUAAUCCUAGCUAAAGACUUACUGAUUAUGCAUUGGGAUGAAGCUUCACUAUUCGAUACUUUGAAAUUUGUUUUUAAAUUUAUUCAUGCUUAAAUAAACACUGUAAAGUUCUACUGUUAGAAUUGAAAUAAUAAAGUUGCUAAAAAAUGUAUAGAUUUUUUUGGAGGAAAAUGUUGAUCUAUAUAAAUGAAAAAAUAAGGUCAAUUAUCAUUUGUUCUCAAUUUGUAUUUAGCUAGUAACAAUCAUAUUAACAAGGCAGCACUUAUACCUUGUUUGCUAAUGCACUUAAAUGUACAACACAUAAAAGUAGCUAUAGGUGGGCAGAAACUUUGACUCUUGCGCCAGCACGGCAGCUUUCUUAAUAAAAACUUAGAACUCCCAUAAUACUUAAGUUAAAACACUUUAAUUUCAGUAAAAAAAAAAAAAAACAUAAUUUUGGUUUUGUUAUAAAAUAAAUAGAUUUUUAUAUUGAACAUUAGAUUAAUAAAAAAUAUAUUUUUACUGACUCCAGUUUUUAAAUCUCUCAAAAAUGAUCUGCAGUCUUAAAAAUAUAAAUCUGCCUUAAUUAAUAGAUCAUCCCACAAUAAUUAAUCUGAUUAAAUUUAAUAAUGUAUCUGAUAUAAUUUAUGGCACCAAUCUAACUACAUGUCAUGUCAGCUCUAUGCUUCAGCUGGAUGAAGAACAAGGUCAAUUACAAGUUCAUUAGAGCCACUGCUUUUUUCAUUUCCCCGAAAUAAAUAAAAAUCCCAUUUUUGGUUAAGAAAGAAAUGCUAUAUUGUCUUAAUCAGGCUCAACUUUUCCAAGAAGUCCCAAGACCACCCUCCCUCUGCUUCCAUUGCUCUCCUACUCCUCUUCUUCCCCCCCGGUGCACAGCUUGGCUGUGCUGCCCUUUUACCCUCAUUGAGUGCUGAUUUCCCUCUUCACCUCGCUCUGCCCUCCUCUUUUCCAUUUAUCCGCUUAACUUCCAGCUGUUUUUUAUGCAGAAGACAACAGUUGUCUAAAUGUUUACGUGAAGAGCUACGCUUCUUUUCUCUUUGGCCUGAUCAAUUUUCAAAAUGAACUUUUAAGGCAUGUUUAAAGAAAAUAUAAACUGAUGGGCCAAAUGAGAUUCUAAAACUAUUACAGUCUGAUUUUAAGCAAAGAAACAGUAUAGCCAAAGGAAGAUUAAAGACAGCAUAUUGUUGUAGAGGAAAUGCAGAAUAAUGUGAGGGGAAAUGUUCCUGGGGAAAAUAAUCUCAGAAAGAUGCCGGUGAAGUAAACAUUUCUGAAAUUGCACAAUCACGUCGUGCCUUGGCUGCACCAGCCAACUCAUGUGUUAAGAUGGAGAGAACAAAUAAAAAGAGAAGGGAUGAGGAUAAAAAAAGCAACAAAAACAAAGAAGAGAAAUUCGUUUUUUUGGUGGUAUCUUUCAUAGAGCUUACAGUAAAGAGUUUUUACUUUGUCAUUGUUGACUGCAGCAGUACUACUUUCGAUAUGACUGUUUGUGUCAUUGCGUCUUCCAAGAUAACAUUCUUUUCAGGAUCAACAAUUAGCACCCGGGAAAGUCAAAGCCCACAUUGUGCACUUUGUAGCUGGACAGUGGAAGGGUUUCCGCUCACAUGUCACUUUACAUCUGUUCAGCUUAAAUGUAUAAAACAACAUUGAUGUUGGCUUGACUCUGUACACUUAUAGAAUUCAACUUAGGAGUUUAAACUCAGACUAA